GCCGGCAAGUGAUAACGUAUUUGAUGUUAUGAUAACAACGUUUAUAAUAUCUUUUUGGUUAAAUUAGGCUAGAUCUUAAUUAGGCUGUUAAGAUACUUCUACUUCUAUAUUUACGCCAAUAUCAGUGAAAUAUUAGCGUUAUGCCAUUCGAUCAUUUAAAUUAAGAUUUAAUAUACGGAAAAAUGAUUUUUCAAAUAACAGUGCUACUUACUGCGUUUAAAUUGUUUUUCAUACCUUUAUAUCACUCAACAGACUUUGAGGUUCAUCGCAACUGGUUAGCAAUAACUCAUAAUUUAACAACUGACCAGUGGUACUACGAGUCUACAUCAGAAUGGACGUUAGAUUAUCCUCCGUUCUUUGCAUGGUUGGAGUAUGGACUAUCCCAUAUAGCAAAAUUAUUGGAUCCAGAAAUUGUAAAAAUACAUAACUUAAACUAUGAGUCACAAAUGACUAUAAUAUUCCAACGCUUGUCAGUGAUCAUUCUAGACUGUUUUUAUAUCUAUAGUGCCAAAUGCUUGUCCAGUCUGGUUAAUGAAGGAAAGUUACUAGUGUUCAUUUUGUUAAUAGCAAACCCUGGAUUAUUGAUGGUUGAUCAUAUACAUUUUCAAUAUAAUGGAUUUUUAUAUGCAUUUCUUCUAUUUUCUAUUUUCAGUAUGAUUAAGGGAAAUUAUUUAUGGGCUGCUUUUUGGUUUUCUGUAUUAUUAAACUUAAAGCAUAUAUUUUUAUACAUAGCUCCAGUGUAUGUGGUUUAUUUAUUGAGAUCAUAUUGUUUUACGGUGGCGUCUACAGAUGGUGUGCACACCGCAUGGUAUUCAUUUUCUUCAAGGAACUUGAUAAAAUUGGCAAUUAUUGUUAUAUCUGUGUUUACUUUAUCUUUUGGACCUUUUAUUCAUCACAUUCCGCAGAUUUUAUCAAGACUGUUCCCCUUCAAGAGAGGGUUAUGUCAUGCAUAUUGGGCACCCAAUUUUUGGGCUUUGUAUAAUCUUGGAGAUAAAAUUUUACAAUAUUCAUUGCUUAUAUUUGAUGUAUCAGUGUCGUCUAGUGAGGCGUCAAUGACGGGUGGCCUUGUGCAAGAAUAUCACCAUGUGGUCCUGCCAACGAUAACACCGACUAUCACAUUUAUAUUAACUCUAUUAUCUAUGGUUCCUGCUCUUAUUAAGCUGUGGAAUCUAUGUGCGGAUAGAAAAUAUAGAGCUAUGAGUUUUAUAAGAUGCAUUACACUAUGUGCAACUUGUUCAUUUAUGUUUAGUUGGCAUGUCCACGAGAAAGCCAUAUUGAUGAUUUUAAUACCAUUAAGUUUUCUAGCGGUACUCGGAGAUGUUGAUGGGAGAUUAUUCUUGUUCCUGUCUACAGUUGGAAUUUAUUCUCUUUUCCCAUUACUUUAUCCUAAAAAUCUUAUAGGAAUUAAGUUAUUUUUACUGUUAACAUAUUGUGCGAUUGCGUUUGAAUUCGUGCCUGCGUUAUACGUAGUUCCCAAACCUAAAGGUGUGAGAAGAAUUCGGAAACUCCGUUUACCAAUGUUAAAUAGAAUGGAAUGUUUAUAUUUGUAUAAUUUGAUAGGUCUAUGGUUUUAUGAGAAUGCGAUACACUUUAUGUUAGGUCUGGACAAAGCGUUACCGUUUUUACCUUUGAUGAUGACAUCUGUGUAUUGUGCGUUGGGUGUUUUAUAUUUUUGGAUUCAAUAUUAUUAUUACUUUUUAACUUUUAACUUAAGUAUGGUUCCUAGACAGAGUGCAGAAAGUACGCCACAACAUAAUAAAAAAGUUAAAUAA